UUAAUGACAUACCGCGUUUGAAGCGUCAGUCCAAGCUGAUUUUUACCAUGAACAAAUACACGCCACGCGAGCGCUCUGAAAUAGUUGAAAUUUACAUUCAACAGGAGAGGUCAAUUGUGAAAACUCAACGAGCUUUUAAAACAUUAAAAAAUGUGAGAAGUGCGCCUUCUAAGAACACCAUUAAGCGUUUAUACGAACAAUUUUCGACUGGUAAGGCUCUUUCUAAUCCGAAGAGGCCAUAUAAAAGUCGACCAAGGCGAUCGGCCGAGAAUAUCGCUGCCGUACGAGCCAGUGUUGAGAGGUCCCCAGAGAGUUCCGAUGAUAAAAUGGACGACGACGAAGUCAAAAAUCCACCUGGACGCCCCUCUUCCGGCGGUGUAAAUCUCAACAUUUCACGCUCUGGCCGUGGACAAGGACGUCCAGGAAAAGAUGUUGCUGCUAAAAAAGAAAAUGGCUUUGCUGAUGAUGUUGCUGCUACUGCUCCCAAAAAGCGUGGCCGGAAACCGGGUUCAGGAUAAAAAACAUCACUUUCUGAUAAAAAGCGGGUAUUGUUUCUGGUCCGUAUUUCUGUAUAAAUAUUACCGAUAUCUGAUAUAAAUAUUACCGAUUGGACCGAAGUAUUCCACGUUAUCG